AUGUAUAGACAAAUACCUUUAUCUGUUGCGUUCAGUAGUGAAAACCCUGACGUCAAAAUAAAGGGGAACAGAGUAACGUUUAAGUUUCCAACAGACUGGAUUGUGAACAUAAAUGAAGAGAAGUACAUUGGCAUAACAAAUAUGUAUAUAACACGUGCUUUCAGAAAGGUUGACUUUAUACUUCAAGUCGAGAUAGAAAAUGACGAACAGUCUUUAAGCGCCCAAAACAUUCACAUAUACAAAUACUUUAAAGACGAUACAACAUUGUUGCAAUGUAUGAUUUCAUUUAAUGAGAUGUUCGAGAAAAAGUUCAACAUUGAAGUACAAACUUUACAGCCUUUACGUGAGUUUCUUGCACAACUGAAAGAAGAAGGUAGUCAGCCACAACUUAUAGACUUUCAUUAUGAAUUUAAUGAAAAUGAAGAUGGAACUCAUGACUGUCAAUUCAUUGUAUUCUCACCAUUCAAUGAAGUCGCUAAAGAGAAAGAAAAUCCAUUACGUAUAAGAUUUCAAAUCUCUGAACCACGUGAUGAUUUCAAGAAUGUUUUCCACUCAUGA